AUGGCUCCAUCCACCCCCAUCACAACGCCCUUUACCACGCUCCUGGGCAUCCAGCACCCGGUCGUGCUGGCCGGCAUGGCGCGCGUGUCGGGCGGCGAGCUCGCGGCAGCCGUGUCCAACGCGGGCGGGCUCGGCGUCAUCGGCGGCUUCCAGUACACGCCCGACCAGCUGCGCGAAAUCAUCGCCGAGAUGAAGGCCAAGCUGGCGCGGCCCGACCUGCCCUUUGGCAUCGACCUCGCGCUGCCCCAGAUUGGCGGCGGCGCGCGCAAGACCAACCACGACUACACGGGCGGCAGGCUCGAGGAGCUCAUUGACAUCACCGUCGAGAGCGGCGCCCGGCUGUUUGUCAGCGCCAUCGGCGUGCCGCCCAAGCACAUCAUCGACAAGCUGCACCGGCACGGCAUCCUCGUCAUGAACAUGGUGGGCCACCCCAAGCACGCCGUCAAGGCGCUGGACCUGGGCGUCGACAUGGUGUGCGCGCAGGGCACCGAGGGCGGCGGGCACACGGGCGACGUGGCCAACUCGGUGCUCAUCCCCGCCGUCGUCGAGGUGGCGCGGCGCUACAGGCCGGCCAUGCUCGGGGGCUCGUCGCCGGCGCUCGUCGUGGCGGCGGGCGGCAUCUGCGACGGGCGCGGCCUGGCCAGCUCGCUGAUGCAGGGGGCGACGGCCGUGUGGGUGGGCACGCGCUUCGUGGCGGCGGCCGAGGCCAACUGCAGCGCCGAGCACAAGCAGGCCGUCGUCGACUGCGACUAUGACGGCACCGAGCGCACGCUGGUGAUUUCCGGGCGGCCCAUCCGCAUGAAGCCCAACGACUACAUCCGGCGCUGGCACGCGCGGCCGCAGGAGAUCCAGGCGCUGUGCGACCGCGGCGUGGUGCCCAUAGAGCACGAUUUCGAGGAGGGUGUCGACGACAUCGACAUCCCGCACCUCAUGGGCCAGGUGGCGGGCUCGAUUGGGCGCGUCCAGCCGGCGAGGGAGAUUGUCGACGACAUGGUGGCCGGGGCCGUCGAGAUGCUGGAGCUGGGGGGGACGUAUCUGGCGAGCGGCAAGAGCAAGCUGUGA